AUGGCUACGCUAAACGAGCAACUCGCGACAUUGAUCGAGAACUAUUCGCCCUGCGAUGUAUCAGACGCCCUCAUCAAGCUGCAAAAGACUACCGAGGGCAGCACGGCAAGAGCAGGCUACCUUGCAGAUCUAGUGCCAUUCUCUCCCACGAUAGGGCGGAAUGAAACAAUGCCCAAGAUUGCAGCACCGGCCACAACAUUCAAAUUUCUGGCCAAAGAUGCCAGCCCACCAUCAAUCGCGACAGAAAAUACCCAGAAGCACGGUUUUUCGCCGGGUAGGCACUGGGUAGACCACGUCGGCGAAUUCCAAUCGUCAGAUCCUUCUGGCGCUGGAUCCAUCGUCGUUAUUGAGCAGCCUGGGGACCAGUACUGCGCUGUGACGGGUGGGAUCAUGGCGACCCGUAUGAAAGCCUUCGGUAUCAAAGCCACGGUUGUGGGUGGCCGUGUCAGGGAUUUAAGGGAGUUGCAGGCUACUGGGCUUCCGAUCUGGGCUCGUGCUACUUCUACGGUUGGCACCAGUGCAGAGGCCAAGGCUGGUGCUCGUGAUGUGCCAAUCUCGAUUGGGGGUGUUACUGUUUCUCCUGGAGACAUCAUCUUCUGUGAUCCCUUGGAAGGAGUAGUGGCUAUUCCUCGCGAGCUGCUCGGCCAGGUACUUGAGCUCAUGCCUAAACUAACUACAAUGGAUAGCAACGCCAAGGAUGCCGUUGCGCAGGGAAUGAGCGUCACUGAUGCUUUCAAGAAAUUCCGCUGA